AUGGCGCCAAAUUCUACAGCUCUGACCACCAAGGUCGAGAGCGGCUCACCUUAUCAGUUAAACCAUGAGCAGACAUUGAAAGCCUCAAAAGCUCUUCUGAAGCACAUGAAAGACACCGAAACAGAAGUCUCAACCACCACCGAAAAGAAGAAUCUCCUCGACGAGGCCGACGACGACGAGACCAGCUCCCCCAUCUGGCUAACCCUCUCGACCAAAAAACACAUCGUCGACAAAACACGUCUCAAGCCCUCCAAAAUCGCCCUCCCCCACCCCCUAAACACAAGCUCCACGCAAACCAUCUGCCUCAUCACCGCCGACCCGCAGCGCACCUACAAAGACAUCGUCGCCUCGCCCGCCUUCCCGUCCGCGCUCGCAGCCAGAAUCACAAAGGUCGUGGGCAUCAAGAAGAUCCGCGCAAAGCAUUCCCAGUACGAGGCGCAACGGAAGCUAAAGUCCGAACAUGACAUUUUCCUAGCCGAUGAUCGCAUCAUCACAUCGCUCCCAAAGCUCCUCGGGAAGACCAUGUACAAAGGCGGCAGCAAGCGCCCGAUCCCCAUCUCCAUCUCAGCACCGGUGCCGAAGACAGACGGCAAGCGUAUCAAAGCGGCCAAGGGCGAGGAAGAGAAGCGGGACGCUGCGUCGGGGCAGGCGAUUGCCAAGGAGAUCGAGAAGGCCCUGAGCGGGACGGUGGUUAAUCUGAGUGCGAGUUCGAGUACGGCUGUCAAGAUCGGGUUCUCGAACUGGGAUGCUGCGAAGCUGGCCGAGAAUGCGCAGGCGGUUGCGGAGGCGCUGAUUGAGAAACACGUUCCGGCGAAAUGGAGGGGUGUGCGGGGUCUGCAUAUCAAGGGCGAGCGGACGGCGGCGCUGCCGAUCUGGUUGGCGGAUGAGUUGUGGGCGGAUGAGGCGGAUGUUAUUAGUGAGGAGAAGGCGGAGCAGAUUAAGCUGGCGAAUGUAGGGAAGAAGAGGAAGGCUGUUGCUGUUGUUGCCGCUGCGGACGAGGAGGAGGUUGUGGCGGAGGGGACGAGGGUUAAGGGGAAGAAGCAGAAGUUGUUGGUGGAGAGCAAUGAUGAUAAGCUGGACAAGGAGAUUAGGGAGAGGAAGGAGACGUUGAGGAAGCAGAAGGAAGAGGCUGCUAAGGAUGUUGUGGAUGAGGUGCCGAAGGCUUCGAAGAAAUCCAAGUCCAAGUCCAAGAAGGGAAAAGCAGUUGCAGUGUGA